GAGAAGAGAGGAGAGGAGAGGAGAGGAGAGGAGAGGAGAGGAGAAGGCACGCCGGCACAUUCUUCUUGCGCAUUAUUCAGGCAACUUUUCAAAGGUGCCAACACAUCUGCCUCGCUCGCAUAAACAGGAACUCGCUCAGAUGUGAGCAGAAUCCAUGAAGCAAGAGGACUUAAGACGGAACUAAUCCAAAGGGCGUGUCUGGGAACUGUUCACUUCUACGGCGAGCGAGAUGGGCCAAACUCGCUCGGUUCCCCUGCAUACCAACGCCACCACCAGCACCCCGGGCAGAGCGGCAUGGAAGGCAGGCGAGACGGCCCAGUGCCUCGACGCUCGUAGACUAAAAAGCGAAAGAAAGCGUCUUACUUUCCGGAUAAACGAGAACCCGAUGAAAAAGCAAGCCCUGUCGUGUUUGGGAAGGCGAAAGCGAGACGACAGCCCGACGAGAGCGGAGCCGAGCGCCGGAAGCGAAGCGGGAGAGCCAGCCUCCCACCACGAACGUCGAGAGAGAAAGUUACCCAGGGACGGGACACUAUCGGCCGCCGAGGAGCAGCGAGUCGCCCCAGCAGGCUUUUCGGAGGCGCCGGCGCUGGCUCAAAAUGGAAACGGGGAGACGACCGAGGAGCCAGGCCCGGGGAGCCUGAGCGCUGAAGUGAGCGCUGCUGGCUGCGUGGAGACGAGUGCCGGGCGGGAGGACGAUGCCUCGGACCCCCCGGCGACGGCCAUGGAGUGUCAGGCAGUUGGGGGAAACAGCCAUGAAAGAGUAAUGGGGCCUUUGGGAGAGAUGAUCCCGGUUGAGUCGGACUCUUCGCGGACUUCAACAAGCUUAGAGUUGGGCGAGCGUGUUGAACGAGUGGACGAUUCGAUUACAAUGACCAAAAGUGAUGUAAUUAUCGCCCCCUGUCCUGUCGAAGACACAAACUGUGACGAGGCACCCCGGAUUCUGCCGUAUCUGGGCACCAUACCGAAACUCAUCAUCACCCGGGACCCCAGUCCCAGCCGCUCUGAGGAGUCAUCGACUCAGCUGAGCCUCCGCACCGAAGUCAGCGCCCGGUGGGGAUCGGAGCUUCAUCCGGACGACGAGUCUCCGUGCUCGGACAGUGGUUGCGGGGGGUCGCCGGCGCUUAUGCGUUCCCCUAGGAAGCUGUCCAACUCGUCCUCCAUCGGCCUGUCCUCAGCCUCGUCGUUCGAAGAGUCCGAAGACGACUACACGGGCAGCGACAUCGAGUCCAGCCUGUCCCCGACAAGGUCCCUCUGCAGCCCGGACGACGGCCCAGCGAAUAAAUCGUGGCACAAGUUGAAGACUAUGGUGCACUGGUCCCCCUUCGUCGUGUCCUUCAAGAAGCGCUACCCGUGGGUGCAGCUCGCCGGUCACGCAGGUAACUUUAAGGCCGGCGAAAACGGCCGCCUGUUAAAGCGCUACUGCGAGUGCGAGCAGCAGUGCCUCCAGAAACUGAUGAAGGACAGCCUUAAGCCAUACGUGCCUGGUUAUUAUGGGGUGGUGCAGAGAGACGAGCAGGACUACAACCUGAUGGACGAUCUGCUAGCUGAUUUUGACUCGCCGUCCAUCAUGGACUGUAAGAUGGGCAGCAGGACUUACUUGGAGGAGGAGCUGAUGAAAGCCAGAGAGCACCCACGCUUGCGCAAGGACAUGUACGACAAGAUGAUCGCUGUGGACCCCGGGGCCCCCACUGAGCAGGAGAGGGUCCAGCAGGGCGUGCUUAAGCCCAGAUACAUGCAGUGGAGGGAGACGCUCAGCUCCACGGCCACGCUGGGCUUCCGCAUCGAGGGCAUCAAGAAAGCUGAUGGCACCUGCAACACCAAUUUCAAGACCACCAAACUCAAGGAGCAAGUGAUGCAGGCCCUGGAGGACUUUGUCGAUGGAAACACUCAGACCCUGAAGCUGUACUUGCAGCGACUGGAGGAGUUGCGUUCAGUGCUGGAGCAGUCACAUUUCUUCAAAACUCACGAGGUGGUGGGGAGCUCUCUUCUGUUUGUGCACGACAACUCGGGGAAGGCCCGCGUGUGGAUGAUCGACUUUGGCAAGACGGUGCCCCUGCCUGCCCAUAGGACCCUAGACCACCGGACCCCCUGGGUGGAGGGCAACCAAGAGGACGGCUACAUGUGGGGGCUGGACAACCUCAUAGACAUCUUCGGGUCCAUGCUGGCUAAGGCGCCGUGAGCCGGUGACCGCCGAAACCUCUCCAUGGAAAAACUGGAAGAGGUGGAGAUUGCGGACUCGCUCCACUUAAUGCAAGAUAGGACUUUUAUGGCUAAGUGGAUUGCAGCCUUGUUCUUCAAGUAGUCAACAUGAGGCAGCUUGUUGCCUCCUCUGAGGUUAUUUUUGCCUCGUUUCACGGUUCGCAUUAAAACACAUGGCAACACUAAAACACUGGUUAUUCAACCAUGUGUCAACCAACCAACUGUAAAUAACAAUGUAUUUAAUUUUUUUGGCCUUUAUAUAAUCCGCUUACCUUCCUUGUACAAUUUAUGUGCCUACAUUUUUAAAAGAAAGACCAUUUCUGCUAUUUUUCCUUCUCCCUUUUUUUUUUUUUUUCAUCUUUACGGAUCGAAAUUCAACUUUGCAACCAGGUUUGGAACUUGUUGCACUUUGCAUCCUCACGGAAGCCAACGAUCAAAAUGAGCUGUGCCUCAAACUUCAAGCUUGGAAGCAGCAUUCCCGUUGGAUUUACAAACACGCACCCGAAAGAACUGCGACGUUUUAAAAACUUCUCAAAGUGACUGUAAAGCCAUACGAAAGUUUAAACGACAGCAAUACCUUUAUCCACGGUUGAAAAGAAAUGUCUGCUGCUGUUUGAUUGAUCGACAGUAGAUGACCUUGUCUUUGACAGCGUGUGUGCUGAUAAUACACACAAGGAAAUCAGUCAUCUCUAAAAAGUCAACAUUGACUUGUUUACAAAGUAUUAUAAUACUUCCAUCCAUGUAUAAGAGCUAACCGGUUCUUUUCCCCCGCUCCUCCUCCUAACUGGGUGCUUUGUAAUAUAAGGAAACUGGAUAUAGUAAUGUUUAUAUUCUAUAAGCACAAGGGUAUUUUUAAGCAGGGAAACUGCAGCAACAGGUUACAUACACAUACUUUUUUUGCUUUCUUUUUGCCAUGAAGGUAAUGGAUUGCAAUAAACUGGAAAUAAGACUUUUCA